AUGGGGGGGAAAAAUAAGCAAAACUUACUUCCUUCGCUUCUAAUGGUGGCCGGUCGAUCUCCUCCCAAGAAAAACUCAUCGAUUUUCUUGUUUUUUCUUCCCCUUCUUUCUCUAGACGUCGCAAUGGAGUUGGAGACAAUUAGAGAGACCAAGUUCAAGAUUGAUUUGAUGGCGAGAGGGGCUCCUCCACCCUUGCCUUCGUCCCCUCAAAGAGAUGGGUCGACUUGUAUGGUGUACGAUCAUAAAUGUAGCCAUAAUGUUCAAAAGGAUGAUCCAUCGGCAGUUGCAGUGCCUGGAGAGGAAAAAAUGGGAAGAAUUGAAUUAAAUUCGAAAACUAUUUGGAUUGUUCUUUUUGUAGUGCAAUCUUCCUCAUUGCCUUUCUCAAUUGCGACGAGUAGCUGGCCUGAUGCUCUUUCUCAUUCGGGUUGGCAUAGCCCAUUACUUAACAAGUUAUUUCAUUUGCAGACUUAUGCCUUCUCUGAGGACAAUCCCAUAAAUGGAAGUGUCAGAUCUUCAACUGCAUUUCAGCUACCUCCAUUUAAACUCUCACAGCCUCAGCCAAAGAGAUGCGCAACACAUCAGUAUAUUGCACAGAACAAUUGUUAUCAUCAGCAACUUACUGAGAAAGCUCUGUGGUCUGGAGCAGCUGGUCUUACUAAGACGUUAAAUCUUAAUUCUAUGCAAUCAACACAGAAGAUGAUACUGGAAAACCCAUCACGAGUAGACUUCUUUCCAGGAACCAAUGGAAAAGACAAAAGCUCAGAAGCUGUUGCAAGUUCUGAUAAUGGAAAGAGUAGAAAUCAUGUUCUUCCACAGCAACAUGGCCCUACUUUGAUAUUUCCACUUGGUGAUCGUCAAGCAGCAGUGGCAGCUAUGGAUAAUAGUUCUGGACCUCCUCAAUCUGCUUCUAUCAUGGGCAAUGCAUCUUUGUCUACUAAUUUAGCAGCAGGACUCUCAGUACUAAGCUUUAAUCAUUCAAAAUUCCCUUCCAAUGAAGCACCCCCAUACAGUUCCAACAUCGAAAUGCCCCCUCCUACAGGAACACAGUACAAUCAGCUCCACAAUACUCUCACAUCCAGUGAUGCAUCAUCCCACAAAUCACAACAUGGUUGUCAACGAACCGGCAUAAAAAUCAAUGGCAAUAGCUUUCUCGUACCAACUGUACAUUCAGAUCUGCAAGAGAAGCAGCAACACCUGCCAUCCCAUUCAUCUAGCAAGUCUGACACUGAUAUCUCUGGAAAAAGUAGCGCAGCAGUUGCUGAUAGUGCAGUAUCUCAAUCUUUGAAUACAAAUAAUAUUCCGAACCUUUUAAUUCCAAUUCCAUCAACAAAUUUUGCCCUGUUUCCUCCGGGGAAAAUGAAUAGUGGUGCAAUAGGCAACAAACAUGGUGAUCCACAGAAGCAGGGAUCUAACUGUAGAGUUGACGUCAUCCCUCAAGCAUUUUCCUUGUUGUUUGGUUCAAAUGCGUCUACAACUCCAGCAAUUAACUUCUCAUCCAUUGCACAAAAUUCUGCAAUCUUCCAGAUGCUUCCUGAUAUGGCUCAGUAUGGGUAA